GGAAAGUAGAUAUGGUGGUCGAGAGUAAACAUUGGUAAACAUUGCACUUGUUGCACUACAGAACCCAGAGUGCCAUGCGGUUCAUGACGGGCGCGCCGACCUUGUGAGUUGUGACAAGUGAGCUGGGGCAGUGGCUGUAAGCAAAGACCGACCAACAUGUGAGAGUUGUAGAACAGGAGAAAACGUCUAGGCACGUGUAAACAUGUCAUGUCAUUCAGGCAUUCUUCGGCGGUACCGACUUAAUAAGCGUGAUUCUGUUGGUAGCUGGACUGUUCAUUGAUUCUGAGGUUAAACACCUUUGAAAAUGAACACGUAUCCCCAAAAUCUUAAGGUUGUUGGACCCAGACGACCUGUGGUCUUUGAGACAAUUAUGAAAGAAGAAGAAGAAGAAGAAGAUAAUGACUCAAAACCAAAGAAGGAACCAUGUGAGUCCACUGUACCAGAAUGUUCUGUGAAAGAUGAACAGAUACUAGAGAAGUGCAAAUUGCAAAAAGAUUACAAUUCUACCCAUGGAUUUCGAAGUUCUAGGAAUGUGAUUGGUCGACAGGCUGUGGAUUGCAAACAGAAUCCACAAGACUUUACUGAGUGGUCUUCAAUGAGGACCAAACUCAAGAAAUUCACUGGAUUUGAGGACAAACCAAAAAAGAAGACAUGGACCAUUUGGACUGAGGAGAGGAAAGAAACAUUGGGCCAAAAUGAAAGAGAUAUGGAAGCGUAG